UUGCAUGCACUGAGGCAUACUUCCUCCAAGGGUGGACAAACUCAGACUCUUUAAUAAAAGAGUCCUUUUUUGGAGCCCCCUUGCACCCUGCUCACCACUGAGUGGCUGCUGUUGAGAACACGUUUCCAUAGGGCUAGGUCUGGCCCAUAGCCCUGGGACGAUAAAUAGGACUGGUCACAGAACCUAGGAUAUCAGGGCUGAGAGGGCCUGAGAGACCGUUGAAUUUGAGACUAGAGGUGGGACAGAGCAGACUUAGGACCAGCGUCCUGGUCCUACUCCCACCCUGGGGUUCUGCUCAUCGGUAGAUCUGCCCAAACCCCGCGUGCCCUGGCCUCUGGCCUCUGUGCUUCCACCUCCUAAGGGAAGCCAGUCUGCAGGAAGGGGGCAAGGGUCGGCUCUGCAGGAUGGGGAGAGCUGCCCCAUCUGGCUGGCUGGCAAAGUUCAAAUUCACUAGGAGGGAGGCUGUUAGGUUUCACCUCGCAGGGGCUAUAAGGGACUGAGAAGGCAGCAGGAGGAGGACACGUCUCAGGGGCCGGGAGGACUGUGCCAAGCUCCCUGUUCUCCCCGCCAGGGACCAAGGAGUUUCUUGGUAUUGCUACCCCACUUUGUAGGGAAGCAAUUGUUGUGGCCCAAAUAGAGAAAGAAUUUACCAAUUUCUGCCAGGAACAGUAGAGCUGUGGGAGGGAGUAGGAAAGAGGGCAGCUCUGCCCCCAGAUGUCUCCGUUACUUGGCUCAGUUUCAAGUGACUGCUAACCCUUGGGCAGUGUGGCGGCAGGUAAAGGAUGGGGUAAGUGCAGUUGGGGAGCCCCUCGCCACCUGGUUCCCUGUUCCUCUCUACAGUGGAAGGCUAUGAGACACCCUCCCCAGUGCCAUGUGGCUUGGCAGCGAGCACUUAGGUAGGAGGCACCUGUCUAAGGAGAGCACCGUACCUGAGGCUGGGCAGUGGGGGGCGGGUGGGUGUGAGAGCAUUUAGCUGUACAGUUGUAAAGAACCUUAGACAGUGUGUGGACUAGUUCUCAUUUUACACAUGUGAGUCCCUGGUGUGUGUAAAAUGGCCCGGCCAGGCUCUACAGCAGCAAAAGUUGCUGAAAAGUAGACUUGUAUGGUCCUGGUUCACAGUUCAGAGCACCCUGCAGCAGUUGAAUUGGAGAGGAAGGUAUGUCAGGUAUCCAGCACAUGCCAGACACCUUCUGGACAGUUAGCCAGUGUCAGCCACCCUGAUUAUUGUCCCUGGGGACGGGAUCCACCCUUGUCUCAUAACUGUGGGAUGUUUGUUCCACGUCUAUCUGCCUUUGCAGCCUCAGCCAGCAGGCAGGUCUGAUGCAGUGACCUCUCCUCACCUGUCGGAGCCAGCACCUGGGGAGGCAUUUACAUUCUUGGCAUUCCUCUGGCCUCUGGGGGCUGAGAGGGGCGCUAGUGCCGGCGUGGGUGGCACGUGGGUGAGAGGGGAAUGCUACUGGAGAGGAAAGGCGGCUAGUGGCCCCCCCUCUGACCUCUGGUGCUCCUGUUUGGGAUUGAGAGAGCCCUCUGCCAGGUUUCUGGGCUGAGGAAGCCCAGACAGCGGAAGGAGGGGCUGCCGGGAACUUCCACGAGCUGUGUCUAGGAGGCGGAUGGUAUUCCUUUGUCUCCUCACCUGUCAAAUGUGUGUACUCCUUGUACCCACCUCCUCAGGGUGGGAGGGAUUGGGAGGGCAGUUGGCACAUGAGCCCGAAUCAGGCUGACUGCAUGCCAGGGUCCACCCUGCAGCACCGCCAGUGUUCAGAAGCUGGCGGUCCCUGGGGUAGAAGACAGCUCUAGGAUGAAGGGUGCGGUCGGUCGCCUUGGUUCCGAGGGCAUUGGUCAAGGUGACCCGGUGUGACCUCGGGUCGCCUCCGUGCUCAGAAAGGAAGUCUGGUUGUGGGCGGUCACUGUCCCGAGUCAGGUGUGUGUCCAUGCAGCCUGUCACUCUGGAAUGGCCAGGUGAUCCCUUGGGAAGGUGCUUCACCUCAGCUUAGUCUGGCUGGGACUGACCAACCACGGUGAGGGUCAGGCCAGCCCCAGGACUCCCGUCAACUGGAUUGCAGAGGGGAGGGGAGAUGAGAUUGGGCUCCAGGGCCUGCCUGCCCGCCUGCUCAUCCAGCCCCCUCCCCUUCCCCCAACCUCUGCGCAUUUGUUUCCUUUCAGAAGCGGGGCUGGGGCUCUCAGACAGGGCAACAAAAGCAACUUUCCUCAAGCCACUGCCACCUGUUGGGUUUUCACACAUUGGGGGUGAGUGGGGGGAGGGAGCUGCUCCCCGUUCCCAGUGUCUGCGGUGUGGCCCUUCUGCCCCCCCAGGGCCUGGGAUUCUCUGUGCCGCCCCCAGUGACGGGGCUCAGGAGCCGGCGGGGGUGGGAGGCCUGCGGCAGCUGGAAGGGGAAUUGAGUGGGAAGGGGCCGGUGCUGGCAGCCGGGAGAGAGUUUGAUGGAUUACUCUGCAGGCCGAGAGGUUUCUCCGUAAUCCCCCAUUGUGUCCCGGCCUGCAGCCCCCUCACUCCCUCUGACAAGCUGCUAAGCAGAAGGCUUCCAGUCCGAGGGAAGAAAAGGCAGCGCAGCGGGCGAACUCCAAAUCCCUGGCCUCUGGGCCCUGGGGGAGGCAGGAGCUAGGGAGCGAGACUGGGGUGGGGGUGGAGCCCCCUCCCCUCCGUCCAGCCCUUCCUCCUGACAGUCCCUGGGGGUGAGGGGUUGCCUUGUGAGCAGACUUUCGGGGUGUCCGGGGGAGCCCUGCCUAACGUGGGCCCCGGGUGUUUCUGCAGAUCAGUGCCUUUUUUAUAGGGGGGGGGCUGGGGAGAGCAGACUCUCACUUCUGUGGAAGUUAGAGCCCCGAGAACCAAAGGCGAGUAGGAAGGCGCUGACCAGGCAGGGUCUCCUCCUGCGCCCCCCCACCCCCCAGGCUGCCCAGGUAGCCACUCCCACAGCCCCGCAUCCCUGACUGGGGCUGAGAUGGGAGCUACUGCCUCACAAGGAUGCUCCUUUUCAGGUCUCCUGGCUGGCCGGCACUGCCUCUUUCUGGGGCACCCUAGGGCCCCGCGAGGGUAGAGCUCAUUUCGAGGGUACAGUGUGCUGGCUUUCACCCGGAUCUGAGUGAUGAGCUAUGUCCCCGUCAAGACACCCCAUGGCAACAGGCAUUUAGCAUGGGCUGAGGCGCUGGACCUGCACGGAAGCCUGGCAGAAAUGGGCUGGUGGCUGAGGCCAGGACAGUCGGUGGCAGCAAGGAGGAGAGGCCUGGGCGUCUGGAGCAGGGCUGAGACACAGCAGUGGCGGAGUGUGUGAAGGGGCCGGAGCCUACCCUGCCUGGCCUACCAUGGUCCAGAGGCUGUGGGCCAGCCGCCUGCUGCGGCAUCGGAAAGCCCAGCUCUUGCUGGUCAACCUGCUGACCUUCGGCCUGGAGGUGUGCCUGGCCGCAGGUAUCACCUACGUGCCGCCUUUGCUGCUGGAAGUGGGGGUAGAAGAGAAGUUCAUGACCAUGGUGCUAGGCAUCGGUCCAGUGCUGGGCCUUGUCUCGGUCCCACUCCUGGGCUCAGCCAGUGACCACUGGCGUGGGCGCUAUGGUCGCCGGAGGCCCUUCAUCUGGGUGCUGUCCCUGGGCGUCCUGCUGAGCCUCUUCCUCAUCCCGAGGGCCGGCUGGCUGGCGGGGCUGCUGUGCCCAGAUACCAGGCCCCUGGAGCUGGCGCUGCUGAUCCUGGGUGUGGGGCUGCUGGACUUCUGUGGCCAGGUAUGCUUCACUCCGCUGGAGGCCCUGCUCUCUGACCUCUUCCGGGACCCAGACCACUGCCGCCAGGCCUUCUCCGUCUAUGCCUUCAUGAUCAGCCUUGGGGGCUGCCUGGGCUACCUUCUGCCCGCCAUCGACUGGGACACCAGCGCCCUGGCCCCCUACCUGGGCACUCAGGAGGAGUGCCUCUUUGGCCUGCUCACCCUCAUCUUCCUCACCUGCGUGACAGCCACACUGUUUGUGGCCGAGGAGGCAGCGCUGGGUCCGACCGAGCCCACGGAGGGGCUGGCGGUCCCCCCAGUGCCACACUGCUGCCCCUGCCAUGCCCGCCCGGCUUUCCGGAACCUGGGUGCCCUGUUUCCCCGGCUGCACCAGCUGUGUUGCCGUGUGCCCCGCACCCUGCGCAGACUCUUUGUGGCCGAGCUGUGCAGCUGGAUGGCAUUCAUGACCUUCACGCUCUUCUACACGGACUUUGUGGGCGAGGGGCUGUACCAGGGUGUGCCCAGGGCUGAGCCGGGGACCGAGGCCCGGAGACACUAUGAUGAGGGGGUCCGGAUGGGCAGCCUGGGGCUGUUCCUGCAGUGCGCCGUCUCCCUGCUCUUCUCUCUGGUCAUGGACCGGCUGGUGCAGCGAUUCGGCACCCGGGCCGUCUAUCUGGCCAGCGUGGUGGCCUUCCCUGUGGCUGCCGGCACCAUGUGCCUGUCCCGCAGCGUGGCCGUGGUGACCGCGUCGGCCGCCCUCACCGGGUUCACCUUCUCCGCCCUGCAGAUCCUGCCCUACACGCUGGCGUCCCUCUACCACCGCGAGAAGCAGGUUUUCCUGCCCAAAUACCGAGGAGAUGCUGGAAGCAGUGCCAGCGAGGACAGCCUGAUGACCAGCUUUCCAUCGGGCCCCAAGACCGGAUCGCCCUUCCCCAAUGGACACAUGGGUGCUGGAGGCAGCAGCCUCCUCCCACCUCCACCUGUGCUGUGCGGGGCCUCUGCCUGCGAUGUCUCCAUGCGUGUGGUGGUGGGCGAGCCGCCCGAGGCCAGAGGCAUUCCGGGCCGGGGCAUCUGCCUGGACCUUGCCAUCCUGGACAGUGCCUUCCUGCUGUCCCAGGUGGCUCCGUCCUUGUUUAUGGGCUCCAUCGUUCAGCUCAGCCAGUCUGUCACUGCCUACAUGGUGUCGGCUGCGGGCCUUGGUUUGGUGGCCAUUUAUUUUGCUACACAGGUAGUAUUUGACAAGAGCGACUUGGCCAAAUACUCAGUGUAGAGUACUUCUGACCCACUGAGGACGGGCCUGCCUCCCCGGGUCCUGGCCUGCCCCCCCCCCCCAGCGCAUCCCCAGGUAGCCUCCCAGGGCCAGGCCUGCACCCCUGCUCCCCCACCUGCCAGGGUCUGUGGCUGCCAAUGUGGCAUGGCUCUCUGCUGCCACCCCGUGGUGACAAGGUGCCGAGGGGCACAGGUGGGGGCCUGGGGCUUCCCCGUCUUCAGGGCCGGCUGAGUGUUGGUGGGCACAGGCUUCAGUCUGGACUUCUACAGGCGGGCCAGAAGGGUGGGGCAUUUCACUGGCUCCGUGCACUGGAAUGCCAGACUCUAGGGGGAUUACCCAGGCCCUUAAGGCUCACAGCCAGUGUCAAGACAUACCCAGUGAAGGGAUUUGGAGAGCUGAGUAAACCACCUGGGGUCUCUCCCCUCCAAACCCCUUAUCCCUUAGAUUCCCUCGAUGUUGCUCUUGCGUGGAAGUUUCUAGUGUGAAAUUCCUCUGCAGGAUGUGAGAAGGAAGUUAUUUGUGGGUAAAAGUCAAGUCUGGUGGGGAGAAAGGAAGCCACCUGGCUGCCUAGCACUGCCUUUCUACUCUUCCCCCACUGCCACAUUUUAUCAGGACGUGGCUUGUUGGCUCCUGUGUUGCCAUCAUAGGGACACAGGCCUUUAAAUAUUUAACUUAUUUAUUUAACUAAGUAGAGAGGAAUCAAUUCCCAGCUCUGCCAUCUUGGUUUCUGAGAGGUGAUUUCCCCAGUGGGCCUGAGAGAUGGCUGGUUUAUUAGGCUGAGCAUUGCCAGAAUUGUCUUCCCCUGGAUGAUUGGUCUGGCCCCAGAACUGCCUAACCCGGGAACUUGGAAGCCCUGUUUACCCAGUGGAUAUCCCAAAUCUCGUUACCCAAGGCUGGGGGAGCUGGGGACAUAGGUGGAGGUGGGGCUCCAGGUCUCAGCUGCCUCCCUAGCCUCCUCUCCCCUCUUGGCUCAGCCUGCCUCCCACCCUCUACUCCCCUCUGCUCUCUAGGGCUAGGCUGAUGAAGGAGCCGCCCACCCCUUUCCCCCACUGGCUCCACACCCCUCUUUGGGGCUGUUGCAGGACCAGACACACAGAGCGUGGCUCUGGCUCAAGCUUUUAUUCGUCUCAGCCCCCAGGGCAUAUCUGUGCUUGGGGAAUCUCGCACAGAAACUCAGGAGUACCCCCUGCCUAGGCUAAGGAGGUCUUAUCUCUUGGGGGUUUAAGUGCCGUUUGCAAUAAUGUUAUGUCUUAUUUAUUUAGUGGAGUAAAUAUUUUAUACUGUAUGUGAGCAAUCAGAGUCUAAUGUUUAUGGUGAUGAAAUUAAAGGCUUCUUAUAUGUUUCA